AUGGGUAAUGUAGUGUCUCUUGUCGAUAUUCAACACAGCAACCCUGCCUCAGAGGAAGUUGCCUCGGAAGAAUCCGUCUCGGAGGCUCAUCGACGUCCAUCGGCUCCUGCAAGGACAACCACUUCUCCUUCGCAUAUACUUCUGACUUUUCUACAGGUGCUGGGCGCCUUCGUACUACCGCCUGUUAUUUCGCCUUCUCCGGGUGAGAAUCCUUUUGAUUCGCCUCCGUCGUCGCCCGCGCUUUCCUUCCAUACCGCUCCUUCCACACCUGUUACUUCGCCGCAAGGCGAAGAUCCACCACCAGAUCCACCACCAGUCCCUACCUUUGAUAAUUCCAGACCGCCAUCACCACCGCUCACCGAUCAUCACCCAAUAGCAUCUGUUGAAAUCGAAACGAUACCAUCACCCGAGGCGCUUUCCUCGCCUGACUUUGCACUAGACUUCACCCUCGAUGACGAGGGUUUAAGUACCCUUGAGAAGAUAUACCUUUUUUCUCGUAGUAGAUCAGCACAUCACAGGGUAUUUAUUUCACAUGCUCUACCCGCCUUCCUAGCGCAGGUAUCGCCUAUUGAGGCUGUCGAGUAUGUCCUACCGCUACUCCCGAGCUUGUCUGUAGAUGAAGACGAGGCAGUGAAGGAGGCUCUAUCAGCGGAGCUUGUUUCCAUCAUGUGGUGGUUUCUAACGCAUUGCCGCUUGGUUGAAGAGCCGAGUGACCUGUCCAAUGCUGAUUUUGCUCCUCAGCAUCAGUCUGACGAUCAAAUAACAUUAAUUUCAGUCCAGGCAUUCACUCCUAUUUUAGCAACCCUCCUGCUGAGCUCCAACGGGGUUGUCAGUGGCUCUGCGAGAUUUGCCGUCGUUGAAUUACUGGCCAGAAUACAUAGAGCUGAUGAUCUUGGAGACCAGCAAGUUGAUGAUCCAUCUUAUGGAUUAUUCGAGAGGCACGAAAGGAGCCUAUUCGAAGAAGAGGUUAUACAGCAACUUGUGAUAGGAAUGGGACGCCUUGAAUCAGGUGAAGAUGAAAAUGAUGCGGAUGUGUGGUAUACUCCCGCGAUAGAGCAUCCUCAACCCGAUCAUCCUUUAUCAAGGAACGGUUCUGUCAAUCCGUAUUUUCCGAGCACUCAAACACCGUCGCCUUCAGCGAUAAGCAUAUCUGCGACGGCCUUAAUCCCACCGUUCGUCCCUAAUCUCCCUAGUCCACCAGUUGGUGUACCCCCGCCACAUCAUGAAGUCGAACUUAUUGUGGUGGACCCAUCACCCCUGGCUAUCUUAUCUCUUCAGCUAGAGGGUCAACACAGCCCAAUCCAGCCGAAUGCUGAGGGAUCGGGGGAGCGCGAAAUUAUAUCUGGCGCUACGACCUACGCUGAAUCUGGACGUUCGGACUUCGAGAUGGACGGCCAGGAAGAGGAACAAGAAAUGGAUCCCAGCGAACAAGCCGCUGUUGGACGACUAUCAAGCAUGAGUCUGAUUGCUGCCGUAGUUGCUGGGGGCACACCUAGAGUCGAAACUCAACGUACUUUCGUAAGAGAAGUCGAACGAGUCGGCAGAGAUCCUAUCCACUGGGUCAGAAGAGAGGCGUCAUUUGCGUUGGGUGCUCUUGCAAAGGUUGUUCCCGAUGAGCUUAUUAUUGGCUCGCUCCUUCCAUUGUUUGAAUCUCUACGUACCGAUCCCGCAUGGCACGUGAGGCACUCCUGUCUUUUCGCUCUGCCAGCACUUUUGUCACGUUUGCCGUCAGGCUUACGGCGAUCAGUCGCUGUCUCAACCAUUCUUCCUCUGUCGCGGGACGAAUCUGCUCCGGUUCGCUCUGGGGUCCUGGAGGCUCUCGGAGAAGUUGUCUACACCUUCCAUAGCGAUGAAUGUGGACCGCCCGAUGAUCUUCUGAGUUUGUUUCUUGGCAAGCACAGGAACUGUCCACCGCGAGAACGUUAUCCAUAUCCUACUCUCCAAUCACCGUUUCAGCAACUGUCAGCAAAUGUCGCGAUGCAGCUAUUCGACGACGACCCGGCUCGUCCGCUUGCAUGUGCUUUCAACUUUCCCGCAGUAGCAUAUACCCUUGGCCGAGCACGAUGGGGAGAGCUACGGGGACUAUACCUCACACUCGCACAGGACCGCUCGUCUAAAGUCCGGCGGACAUUAGCUGCAAGUCUGGGCGAUCUAGCAAAGAUCGUCGGACCAGAAAAUGCCCAACGAGAUAUGAUAAGCCUGUGGUGGGAUGUAAUGCGAUCUGAUGACGACAACGAGAUUAAAUUCAAAGCAAUUGAGGCUGUCCCUCUCUUUGUAGAGGCUUUAGGCGAGGGACAAGCGAGGGAAGAGGUGAUCACAGGUCUGCUCGACGUAUGGGAGGAAGGCUGGUUGCGCAAUUGGAGAGCACGUGAAGGCGUUAUCAAGAUCAUCCCUGACCUCACUGGCGGACCUGAACGACCUAACAGCAUACGCGCACUUUUACGAAAAGGUCUUGAGGACGAUUUUGGUGCAGUGAGAGAGACUGCAAUAUCUGUGAUCUGUCGAAUAGCCCUCCAAGACGUCUGGAGACCUACUCUCAAUAUCGUUCACCAGGAUAUGCUUUCGCUAGCUAACUCUCCGAUUUUUCGAAGACGGAUGACGUUUGUCGCAUGUCAGCAGGCUCUAGCAUCCUCAGUAGGCGGGUUAUCGAUCUUAGUGGAUGACGCAAGAUGGCGCACUCUCGAACGGUUAAGCAACGAUAGCAUAGUGGGCGUUCGCAUUGGCGUCGCUCGUUUAGCUGGGUCGAUAUUUGAAAACGCUUUGCACGCUACAUCCGCGGUGCCCCAUCGAAUUUUUGACAUGAUAGAUCAUUUGCAGCAGGACUCCUCUGCAGAGGUUCGGUCUUAUAUUCCUAGUGUGGCGAACCUUCAGCAGGGCCAAAGAGUAUUUCCCUCCCACUCCGAUAGUUUCUUGACAUUUUCCCGCCCACCCCCCUUGUUGUGCCCGUAG